GCGCGGCGCAGCGCGGGGCUCGGCCCGGGCCAUGGGGCUGCGGGGCCGCCGCCGCCGCCUCCUGCUGCCGCUGCUGGGGCUGCUGCUGGGGCUCGGGCUGGGGCUGCUGCCCGGCGCGGCGCGCGGCUUCGGGGAGGACGAGGAGCGGCGCUGCGAUGCCAUCCGCAUCGCCAUGUGCCAGAACCUGGGCUACAACGUCACCAAGAUGCCCAACCUGGUGGGGCACGAGCUGCAGGCGGACGCGGAGCUGCAGCUCACCACCUUCACCCCGCUCAUCCAGUACGGCUGCUCCAGCCAGCUCCAGUUCUUCCUUUGUUCAGUCUAUGUUCCAAUGUGCACAGAGAAGAUUAACAUCCCAAUAGGUCCCUGCGGUGGCAUGUGCCUUUCCGUCAAAAGAAGAUGUGAACCUGUUCUGAAAGAAUUUGGAUUUGCCUGGCCAGACAGUCUAAACUGCAGUAAAUUCCCACCCCAAAAUGACCAUAACCACAUGUGUAUGGAGGGUCCAGGGGAUGAAGAGGUUCCCCUUCACAGCAAGACAUCCUUGCAGCCAGGAGAAGAGUGUCACACAAUGGGAUCUAAUUCAGAGCAGUAUAUCUGGGUAAAAAGAAGCCUGAGCUGUGUCCUUAAGUGUGGCUAUGAUGCUGGUCUCUAUAGCAGAUCAGCUAAGGAAUUCACUGAUAUCUGGAUGGCCGUGUGGGCUAGCCUGUGCUUCAUAUCAACGGCCUUCACAGUCCUGACCUUCCUGACUGAUUCGUCCAGGUUUUCCUACCCUGAGCGCCCCAUCAUAUUUCUGAGCAUGUGCUACAAUAUUUAUAGCAUUGCUUAUAUUGUGAGGCUGACUGUAGGCCGGGAAAGGAUAUCCUGUGAUUUUGAAGAGGCAGCAGAACCUGUUCUUAUCCAAGAAGGUCUUAAGAACACAGGAUGUGCUAUAAUUUUCUUACUGAUGUAUUUUUUUGGGAUGGCUAGCUCCAUCUGGUGGGUGAUUCUGACAUUAACAUGGUUUCUAGCAGCAGGACUCAAAUGGGGCCAUGAGGCUAUAGAAAUGCACAGCUCCUAUUUCCAUAUUGCAGCCUGGGCUAUCCCUGCAGUGAAGACCAUAGUCAUCUUGAUUAUGAGACUGGUAGAUGCAGAUGAGCUCACUGGUCUGUGUUAUGUCGGCAACCAGAACCUAGAUGCACUCACUGGCUUUGUCGUUGCUCCGCUUUUCACCUACUUGGUUAUUGGAACUUUAUUCAUAGCAGCAGGUUUAGUGGCCUUAUUUAAAAUCAGGUCUAAUCUUCAAAAAGAUGGGACUAAAACUGACAAGCUGGAAAGACUGAUGGUCAAAAUUGGUGUCUUUUCCGUUCUAUACACUGUCCCAGCUACAUGUGUAAUUGCAUGUUACUUCUAUGAAAUCUCCAACUGGGCUAUCUUCCGCUAUUCAGCGGAUGAUUCCAAUAUGGCAGUGGAGAUGCUCAAAAUUUUCAUGUCUCUGCUGGUGGGUAUCACAUCUGGCAUGUGGAUUUGGUCUGCCAAGACUCUGCACACGUGGCAGAAGUGCUCUAACAGACUGGUGAACUCAGGGAAAGUGAAACGAGAGAAGAGAGUGGAUGGUUGGGUGAAACCUGGGAAAGGGAAUGAGACUGUGGUGUAAACAAAACCUCUGUGCUGACAUCUCUUCCAAGAAGGACUUGUGUAUAAACACUUGCAGUAGAAAUGUUGCUGGGGUGGUAUGGGGAGGUAAAGUACAAAAUCUGUCUCUGAAAAGAAACCUUAAAGAAUAAGCAAUAAUUUCAAAAACAGAAUAAUCAUAAAGCACGCUGCCCAAAAUACAAAAGCCCGGGGAGGCUUUGAAAGCUGUGAAAAAUCUGAAUGUCACAUUUUUGUAAAGCAGGUUGCAAUAUAUUAGUGUCAUUAGAAGCCACAGGGUCUUGCAUCUUGUUACUUGGGUUGCCGAUUUUCCUGAAUCAUGUUACAGUGCAUGGAGGAUGAGGGCCAAAUUCUGGGCUGGGUUAGGGUCCAAUCCUGUGAGGCAAUGGGUGCUCUCAGCUUCAAUUGACAGCAUCACUCCCUUUGAAUUCAGUGUCUUAAGGGAUGUGGUCAGCACCUUUUAGGAUUGGACCCAUAGCCGAUACAGCCUGUUGCCUUCAUCAGUGUUGCACGGUGCAUAAUUCAGCCAAAGAUUAGGUCCUCAUGCAAAUGCCAGCGAAGCUUUCCAGGUAUAAAAACAACUCAAACAGGGAAUUUGUAGGAUUCGGUUAGGUGUUAGGAUGGAUUGCUGUAUAGCUCAGCUGACAACCUAAUACUAACCUCUACAUUGGCACGCGCUUUGCUCUCUAAAACAUCAGUACUUCAUUUGAUGUGUUUAGAAGCUUCACUCAGUACUUUCUUUUAUCAGAAGUAGAUUAACUGGGAGAUUGAAGCAUAACAGCAUAUAUAGUUUCCAUUUAUCUCCCUGCCCCCUUUUAUCCUUUUUUGAUAACCUGGCUAUUUCCAGACUCUGACUACUUUAUUCCUUUGCAUUAAUAACUUAGGGUUUUUCUUUUAAUAGCUCUCCUUCCUACUGCAAUAUACAGCUGAGGGAAAGUGAAUGAAGGCUCACUUUGGACAAACUCUUUAUUCAGCAGAACAUGUAGUUUUUCUCCAAGUAAACUUAUCUGGCUCUCCCCGGAGACCUAUUGCAUUAAGCAAUUAAGACUUAAUAUAUUUCACUCUGUGUGAUUACAUCUAUGCAGACGCCAGUCUGGGAAAAGUGAAAUGUUAAGUUACUUGGCAACUUCAUGUUAACACAGAUCAUUCGUAUAAGUGUGUGUGUCAAUUAAAAAUAAAAGAACAUUCUCCAGCCAUGACAUAGCAGUACAGCUGACUGGCUCAAACUGAUGGUCACUGAAAGUGACUUAAAAAAAAAUUUUUAUAUGUAAGAAUGUAAUCAGACUUCAGCAACAAUGGAGACAUUUUCCUUUUUGAAAAGGGCUCCAUGGAGAAGAAAUCCAACUUCUUCUUGGUGAGUAAUAUGUUUCCUAGUUAGUGGCAAGGUUCCUUGCCCUUGGCAUGUCAUGUUCAUAGGGAGCAUGAGACUAAUGAAUGCCACAGUCCAGCUUGAUUAACAGGAAGUAUAAUGUAAACCUAAAUAAAGAGCAGCAUUUAAGUGCUCCCCUUGAAAGACCCACCAGUAGCUUCCCCUGUGUGCCCUAAAAUCUUGCUUUGUCUUCAGUGUAUGGCAGUGAUUCUCAAACUUUUGUACUGGUGACCCCUUUCACAUAGCAAGCCUCUGAGUGUGACCCCCCCUUAUAAAUGGAAAAACAUUUUUUAAUAUAUUUAAUACCAUUAUAAAUGCUAGAGGCAAAGCAGGGUUUGGGCUGGAGGCUGACAGCUUGCGACGCCCCCAUGUAAUGACCCAGUUUGACAACCCCUGGUGUAUGGGUGCCUGAUCAAGGGAGAUGCUGAGUGCCUUCAAUUUCUGUGGACUUAAGUGGUAGCUGAGGGUUCUGUGGUCUUUUGUAGGAUGAGGCAGGCCUGAAAGGGGUCCCCCCUCUAUCUCUCAAACUGUGUUAAAGGCCUGCAUUGUGUCUGUGUUGAAAUAUGUGCUUAAAAACAAAACAACCUCAUUUCAGUCUGCGCAGUUGGGAUCAGUCACUAGCAGAGCAAGUGACAACUUGACUCAUUCUACCCACAACACACCAUUAUUUUGAUCAGCUCUAUGUACUAGCUGAGUGUUCCAAAUCCAAUCCUUUAUCAAGUCUCUUCUGUUGGAUGGUAAUGCCUUGUUGGAUCUAUGUAUUCUGGUCUGGAAACAGUUUUGCAAGAAUGAAAGCUGUGGAUGGCUGGGCUUCACCAUGAUGCUUGAUCUAUUUACGAUUGAAAUGAGGAUGCCAAAUCAGAAGCUAGCUCUAAAUUCUGAGGGGUGAAGGCGAGAAAGUGAGUGCGCCAAAUUCAUCCAGGAGUCCCUCCAGUGAAGUCACUGGUUAAGGACGCUCGGGGAUUCAUACACACUGAACUUCAUGCUAUUUGAUGUGAUUGACCUAUACACUUUUAUCCUCGUCAUCCCAGAAUUUAAGGGAUGACCUUUCCUGUUAUCAUUGAAUUUCAGAGCAUGACUCAGUAGAUCUCUUACUAGAAUGAUAGCACUGGUGAUUAGUGACAUCUGAAAGUGAGUCAGAUGAGGAUGAUGUUUCCUUACAUUGCAGGGUGAGGGGAAGAUAAAUCCAUGAAAGUUGUGAGGCACUCAGAUAGUAUGGGGAUAGCAGCCACAUAGUGACCAUUCUCCCUUGGAGGCAUUGUGCCUGUCUGAGGCACGGUGGGCCUAAAUUCUCUUGCAGUUAUGUACCAGAGCUCAGUGAAUUUCUUCCUGAUUUACUUCCAGGUAAUGAGGCAGAGCAUCUGACCCAGGGCCGCAGAAGCCCCUCUGAAAAGGCACAACUUAACUAUGUGCAUUUACCUUGCUAUUCUAGUUGUUCGGGCAUUUGUUAUUGGAAAAGCCACUCUAGAUCAAGUCUGAAGCACGUAGUUACGAAGACUGAAUAUCGGCAACUCGGUUUCUCUCAUUUCAACGUAGUUAUGAAUUUAAAACCAAACAAUGUGUGACUAAUCCUGCCUUGGAAUUGCAGUUGCUGUGGCUAUAGAGCUCAAAACUUUACAACAGUUACUUUUUCUGCCGAAUCCCUUCUCCUUUCUCUCUCACGCCAGUCCCAACCCCAGUUGGUGUUUUGUGCUGACGUACAGGAUUCUGAAAUGUCUGACAGACAGGUACAAGCGAAACUACUUAUGAUAGAGCUUCAGAAAGAGAAACUAACUUGUUGAAGGGAAUGGACACUGAUAAUUUUUUAGAUGUACAGAAAGUAUAUCUGCAUUGAUGUAUGUACUGUAAAUUUCUAAUUUAUCACUGUACAAAAAACUUUGCUAUUUAAUUUUUCUAUCAAAAUAAAAUUUUGUUAACCUCUGUG